AUGAGACUGGGGUGGCGCGAAGUCAUUGACGAGGCGUCGGGGAAGCCGUACUACUACAAUUCUGCGUCCGGCGUGACCACAUGGGAGGCGCCGGUUGAGGUUUUUGGCGAUGCCGGCGGCAAAGGAUCGACGCGAGCGCUCACGCCCGCGUCGAGCUGGAAGGUCAAGCUCGACCUGAAGGCUCCAUCAUCCGCUCACACAGUCACGAUCACUGGAACCGUGCGAUUCGCCGAGGAGGAGGGCUACGAGCCGCCGCAGGGCAAGCUGAGCGUGGAUAGCUGCCUGCCCGAGGGCAGCCUGCGCCUUGGCGAGCAGCCUGCGCAGUGGAGCCUCUCCGAGGACCCCGAGGAUCGAAAGGAUUCGCUCUGGAUCUGGGGCCUUUUCUCGGACCCGCUCUACCCCUUCCUCCUCUUCCAGCUCGACCUCGCCGCGCCGGGCGUCUGCAUCCCGGCGGGGCCUCUCUACUUCCAGGUUGACCACCGGCGCAAGGACGGCGCCGUGCAGCUCGGCGAGGGCGAUGUCACGUACAAGGCGCGCCGCACGCACGCAGUGAGCGAGCAGCUGCAGGCCGACUUGGUUGGCCUCAGCGACUUCACGUACAACGAGCCGGUGCCGUGCGGGAGGAUCCGUUUCCUCGACACGGCAGAGGGCAUGUCGAAGAACCUGCUGUGA